AUCAUCGGGUUCUAUUGUGUUGGUAAUUAGUAAGGUUCUUUAAUUUGUUAUUCAAUAAAAAAAACAACUUGUUCUUGAACUGAAGGAAUAUAAUAUUGUCGCUCUAGUUAAUUGCGUACUAUAGAAAUAAAAUAAAGAGUGGUAUUUUAGGGAAAUCUCCGGCAGCCAAAGAACAACUAGACACAAAAGAAAUACGUCAGUCAAUUAUUCACCAAAACAAAACUCCUAUCCAGGGUUAAUCUGUUCGGGCACAUUCCUUUCAUGAAUUCUUACUACAGUGUCUAAAGAAUUCCAAAGAAAAGAAAUCUAGUGAAUGGAAAGGUGUAAGAACACCCACAUUUUACAGUUGAUUGAUUGUUGUUACCGUUUGUGAAUCCACAUAAGUGACAUCACACUUUGCCGUUGCGAACUAUUCUCCGUCCCCUAGAACACAAACAUUCUUCGAGUGGCAGCAAAUCAUCAACAUGACAGCCAGAAAUCCUCAAACACUAAUGGCUCUGCCCAGUGAAGAGUUUGAUUUUCUAUUCAAAGUUGUGCUAAUCGGUGAUGCUGGAACUGGAAAAACUUGCAUAGUUGAACGUUUUAAGACUGGUAAUUUUAUGGAACGUCAGGGAAAUACAAUCGGUGUGGAUUUUUCAAAAACCAUUAGUUUAGAAGGUAAACUAGUUAAGUUGCAAAUUUGGGAUACGGCUGGUCAGGAACGGUUUCGCACAAUAACACAAAGUUAUUAUCGUUCAGCGAAUGGUGUUAUCAUUGGUAAGUGUGUUGUUUUUUCUUCUUGUGGUAUUCAACGCCCAUUUCGUUUGGCUAAUACGCAGUUGGUAUGUAGGUGAUUGUCUGAUGUCUUUGGGGGAAUUAAGUACUACUCUAGGGUAAUGAAUCAUUUUUAUAAAUUUAAACAAAAAUUGU